AUGUCCGCCCCCCUGGCACCUGGCACCUUCUUGGACAACUUCAAGUGCUCCGGAGUGGCCUUUGAUAUAUGCUUCGGAUCGCUGUCGUGUUGGAAGACGAACUCAUCUCUGGCCGUGUCCUACUCAUUGACUGACAUCUGCAGGUCCUCUUGGAGAACUUUGAGACAGAGAUAUGAGCUCAUAUCCUCAUCGACCACGGUAGAUCCACAUCCUAGCAUUGCCGCUCCCAAAGUUGACAGCGCCCUGAACCAUUCGAUUGUCGACUCUGUCGACCCGCCAAACAAUAUCACUAGCGAGGACAUGAGACCUGCGAUCCUUGGCUCUGAGGCUCAACUCAGUGCAACACAGGGGCCGAGUGCUUCAGUGGAUCGAAAGCAAAAGAAGAACGACACUGCCAUCCUACCCGACGAUUUCAUUUCCAAGAACCAGGGGCCUGCAACUUCGGCCUUGGCCUCACGCUUAGCAGCCCACUGGGAUUCAAGCAGUACGAUGAACGAAAAGCAGCAGGACACUGAUAAUGCCCGCUUAUCAAGAGAUUUUGAUUACAGAAAGCAAAGUCCGCGCCAUCCACUCCCACUUCUCACUCUAAGUUCAUUCGCGAUCAAGAGGCUGCAGUGCACGGAAACCAAGGACGCAUCGAUGCUGGUCAUCAGCGAGGAGAUAUUUCUCACAAUUCAGCUGAGCCAGCGAUACCCGCUUCUGUUUCCAGAUCUGAACCCCCGUCUGGAACCACGAACUGCGCUGUACAGAGAACAGUCGCAUGCCAGGAAAGAAAGCCUCGCGACUUCUAGCCGUGUCCCUCAUUUGACCGCCUCCCAGGAUAUCAAGGCCGCAUCCACAUUAUAA